AAGGUCCUGGGAUCGAGCCCCAGUCUGGUCAUUCUUUUUUCAACCCAUCUCCUGAAAUACAGGCAGAGAAUUGAGCAGUGCAUUUCCACCUCAUUUUUUUGCGAGCUAAUUGUUAAUUUCAUAUCGCUCAUUUGGUGGGCCAAGCCGGGCAACCAACUUAUGCUAAUUUGAACCAUAUGAGCUAUCAGUAUCAAAUACUAAUUUUCAUAACGGGAGUUGGUACCAUUGGAUGCGUCAUGUACGAGACUAUGCGUCAAUGGUUUCAACCCCAGACGAUCUUGACUUCGUGUUGGUCAACCUGCUUAAAGAAUUCCUGGAAUCACCAAGACAAAGCGCCCAUGUGUAUCGAAGCUGGCACCAAGACGUUUGGAAGGACGGAUUACCUGUUUUGACCCCACGGACUUCUAGAUAUUCCUUCAAGGACUUUAAGAAGGAUUGUAGAACCGCCAGAGACCUAUCGCCAUCAACUCUACCCAUACUUGCUAUGUGCUGCUUUGGACUCAAGACGACGCUUCUCGAUUGGUGGAAGAGUCCUGAAAUAUUUUGACAGACAAUCUUCACCACAAUUUAAAUGGCGAAAACCUUCUCAUGUUAGCUUCAAAGGCUAACCACCUUCAC